AUACAACAAGUUCGACGUAUAUCCGUAGCGAAAAGUGACGUUUGGGGAAAUUGAAAAAUGGCCAGGAAGAAGGAAGACAAGGAUGGGAAGUAUAAACGAAUAACGAAUAAGUCAAAAAAAUCUUCCAGUGAUAUUAAAGACGUCGAUUCUGAUGUUAUAAAAUCUCAAUUAUUAACUCUGGGAUUAACCUUGAGGGAGGUACCUGGUGACGGGAACUGCCUGUUUCGUGCGUUAGGCGAUCAAUUAGAUGGCCAUAUGGGCAACCACUAUAGACACAGGCAAGACACAACAACCUACAUGCUAGAUCACAGAGAAGAUUUCCAGCCUUUUGUGGAAGAUGAUCUUCCUUUCGAAAAGCACAUCAGUGAACUGAGUCAGCCAGGUACAUAUGCAGGGAAUGAUGCAAUUGUCGCAUUUGCAAGACUUCAUCAGGUAACAAUUGUGAUUCAUCAACCAAACACCCCCCUUUGGCAAAUUAAAGGUUGGGAGACAAGUGGAACUAUUCAAACUACAGAAAAAAACAAGAAAAGAAAAAAUUAUAGUAAUGUUCUAUCAUCCCAUCAACUCCAUAUUGCAUACCAUGGAGGCGAUCAUUAUGAUAGUGUAAGACGAUUGGGAGACACCAGUCACGUACCUGCCAAUAUUCAAAUCGACGCUGACAGUGACGGGCAUGAGGGAACAAACCAGAGUCCAAACACAACCGGUCGUGUGCGGAAUUACGAUUCUUGCAACAUUCAUGAAAUUGAUCAUACGGAGGAAGCAGCGAACGACGUUGAACGAGAAGCCAUGGUUCGUUCAGGAUGCCACGAUCUCACGAUUGUUCGCCAGUUACUUUAUAAUAACUUCGGAAACAUUGAUGCCACCGUCGAAGAUCUUUCGGCGUUGACAUUAACCCCCGUAGAAAGCCACGAAACCAAAUUCGAGCAUCUGUCUUCAGGUGGACGUACGAAAACCGGCUUUAGUAGAAAGCAGCUAGAGAGGAUUCGUAAACAAGAGCGAAAACGAGCUGGUGAUGCCAGAAGAAAACCGCCUAAUGUUACCAAAGAAACGCAAGAAGAAGCAACCAUAAUUGGCAAAGUUCAGUGCCUAAACAUAUAAAAUAAUUUUUUUUUCUAAAACGAUUUAAUGUUAGUUAAACCGUUCUAUGUGUAGUGCAGCUAUGCGAAUUAUUUUACGAAGUUUGCUAAAUUUCAGCUAUGAUUGCAAUCUUAAUUUUGCGAGACAUCGCCAGCUAUCACAGUCCAUAAUUGCUUGCAGCAGAGCAGCUAAAUUGCCAAUUAACUAAAUUAAGAAUAUGUCCAUGCCAGUUAACGUUG